AUGUUGAUCCUCCAUGGUGUACCACAGAGCGUAGCUGACCACUCCUUAGGCGAUUUUGCAGAGAACUUGUUUCUUUGUACCGCUAAAUUAUUGGCUGUGAUCGGUGUAGUGUUGAGUGGUGCUCUCGCAGAGCCCGAGGCACCCUACGCCCCUAGCGGAUUCAGGCCUAGCGGACCUGCAUUUGAGCUACCUCAGAAGAGUCCUCAACAACAGCAGGAGUAUCUUCCACCUGUUGAGCCCAGGAGACCAGUGAAUCCAAACACUGAAUACGGAACACCCGAGGAAGAUGUCUCAGUCCAAGGACUGCCAACACAUGAACAGAUGCCAAUAUUUCAGGUAUCUCCUGUCAAUGGACAACUUUAUACCGGACCACAGUUCAAUACUGACUUGAGAGAGUUGGAUAGUUCUAAAAGUUUCAGACUUACUCAGUAUCAACUUCAACAAGAAAAAUACCGUGAACUUGAUAGACAGCGACAAUUAGAAGCAGCGCAAACAAGAACUCGUAACAAUCAAGUCCAAAAUCCACCAGUUCCGAGGCAAUUCGGUCAAACAACACCAUCAAUAACCGAGCCUACGUACUCAACCAAAAGCACUGAAGAUCAAAAUACAGAAACCAGUACGCCAUCAAUUGAAUUGAAUGAAGGAGAAACUUUCGAUGAUGAUAAAAAAGAUAGUAAAAACAAGGUCACAGUUGAAGUCGCCAAACAGAAUUUGCAAGAAUACCCCGGAGAAUUGUUCCUCAGUUCUCUGGCUCAGCUGCAGUUGCAACCUCAAUUUGUACCAAUACAGCAAUUUGGACAACUUAAAGCACCUUUGCAAUAUCAACCUGUACAACAAGAUCCACAAGUAGGAUACGAUGUCCAAACUCAUUUUGCAGCGCUACCGUCAGUGUUAGCUCAAAGACAAUCACUUCAGCCUCAAUAUCAGAAUCAACAAGGUUUGGCACAAAACCCAGCUUUGUUUGUUGCAUCACAAGAUCCUUCUGUAGCUUUACUUCAAGCUCAACAGCCACCUAAUCAGUAUCAGCCAUUCGUGAACAAUCCAUACCAACCUUUGGAACCCCAAGUCUUUCCUCAACCAAUAGUAGUGCAACCUCAAUCUAGCCAGCCGAAUUUUGUGCAAUCUCAGCAGCCAGAAAACGAAGAAUCUCGUCAAAAUCAAGACCAAGAAUUCGUAUACCAACAAAGCUACCAACCACAGGAAGUUACCUAUCAACCUCUGUUUCCCCUAGGACAGACUAUGGUAUCGAACACCUAUCAGUCUCCUCAACAACAAAACUUCCCGUUACCUCAAGCACAACUGGUUAAUUACAAUCCCCAAUUAGUUCAACAAUAUCAGAACGGAUUUGUUCCUCAACAAUUUCCUGCACAGCAGCAAGUUUAUCAAGGUCAAGACUCUUUACAGAGCGGUCUUGAUUUAAACCAACAAGGAAAUGGAGUGGAAGAAACUGAUGACAAAAAUUAUGACGAUGAAAACCAAGAUGACGGUUCGAUGGCAACAGCAGUCGCAACGGCAUUUGGCGCAAGAACUCAACCUCGCGUCUUACCAAGAUAUGGGCCACCUAUUCCGAAAGUGACUGCUAAUCCUGACGUCACAGAUUCGGCAGUUCAAGAUGAGGAAGCAACGGGGGACAUGGGAGCGGUAGCACAAGCGAAUGCAUUUGCUACAGGAAGGAGAAAGUCCGCGAAAUUGAGAAGCCGUAAAGUUCGCCCUGUAUUCACUUUGGAUCGAUCAGGACAUUUGGUGUUAGCGCAAGACCAGAACUAAUUCAAUCCAAAUUGAUAUAAAAUAAUAGGUUUCUACCCAUGAAAUUGCUGAUAUGUCAAAAACACAGAAGUUAUAUAUGUAAUUUGUAUAAAUUUAAAACGAUUUUUAUUGGUAUUAAUAUUCACAAUACUACCAUUAUUAUUGUUAGAUCAAUCCAUUUCAAUAGUAAUUAAGAAUAUAAGUAUCUGCAAGAUACAUUCUGCCACUAUCUGUUAUAAAAAAUGCACGCAUUUUUUUAUUUUUAAUAUAUUAAAAAAGAUGAUAAAUGGAUAAAGCUUAUCU